UUUAGUUUCAUUCCGAAAGGACCUAAACAAAGUUCAAAAUUAUACGUAUUUUCCUUGCUAAAAUUUUGUUUUUGUUUUUUUUUUUUUUGUAUAUAAACAUGCCGAAACACACUCCAUACACAUGGCGCCAACCGGACUUUCCCGGUGAUGAAAGCGACGUGGUCUGGAAGGAUCCCACCCUGCUGGUCAUCUGCCAGAAUGCCGAUGUGGCCAAGGCGAUGCAGCCGCUCUUACACGCCCUGAAGCAGCCCUUUGCUCCUGGCCUGGUGGUCAGUGUCUUUGUCCACGAGACGAUGAGGGAUUCGUUUUGUGAUCUAGUGCGCAACUCUAUGGAACGAAUGCAUCACCAGGCGGCCACUCACUCCAGCUAUGUCAAGGCAGUGGAAAUGCUUAAUUGCCUCCAGGCGGAAGUGGUCAGCAUGCUGACGCCAGACGACAUUCGUUUCCAGUUCAGAAUGUCCGAUGCUUCGCCGGUCAUUGUAUGCGAAUUCGAUCAUAGUUUCUUUGGAGGAUCGCGACCCAGUUCGGUGGUGACUUUGCACACUUUUCGCAAUGCAACCGAAUUACCCCGUCUUUUGGCCACCGAACGUGUGCCGUUUGUAAGUGUCGCCGUUUGGGGAAGCCAUAUGGCCACCGUUUAUGAGGCGGCUUUGCAACUGGAUAUUUCAGUAGUGUAUAUUAACUGCCACGGAAUAUCCUUGACUCCCAUCAAGAGCUUUCUCGACGCCGGAAAGCCGCACGUGGUGCUGGCCCAUUACCAUCAUUUCGAGGUGAUUCUCCACGGCGGCAAACUUCGGGCUAUCGUGUAUCCGGCUAUUAUUCUCAGUGAACCACCAGUCCGGGCAUCGGCGGGAUCGGAUAAAAUGCCCGCAAAGGAAAAAAAGCAGCGGGGGAAAGAUGUCAAGAAACGGGCAGAGAAAUCCUCGCCAAAUCCUAGUCUCGAUUGUUGCCACACUCUCAUAUUGAAAUUGAAUUAACAUAGUACGCAGAUUGGUAACAUAAGAUACAAUUUUAAGAAUAAAUUUUGAAACAUU